CUCCCUCUCUCUUCCUCCUGUCAACCAUCUUCAUCUCUCCAUCAAUGAACCCACAAUGAUCGAGAGAGCACGCUGCAGCACCAACCUCAGCAACGAUUCCGACGAUCCUCCUACCCCCACCCCUCCUCCGGCCAGCCGUGCCUCCUCCAAUGCCGGUUCCGGUCCCUCCCGCGACGGCAACAUCGGCAUCAACGAUGAGCGCAUCCUGAUGCUCGUCUUCCGAUCCAUCAAUUGGGACCCUCGCGUCCUCAGUGUCACCUCCUGUGUUAGCCGCCGUCUCCGUGCCGUCGCCAAGCGCGUUCUCUGGCGCGAGCUCUGCUUUUCCCGUGCCCCUCGCCUCGUCUCCGCCCUCACUUCCGGAGCCCCCAACGCCCGUCUCGUCGGCGGAUGGCUUGCCCUCGCCAAACUCUUCUUCUUCUGCUGCGGAUCUCAGUCCAGUCGCUUCUUUCCCCUCGAUCACCCCUUUCCCGGCCACUUCAUCGCCGUCUCUCGCUUCUCCAAAACCUCCGGCAAGAGCUUCCUCCCUCGCCGCUGCUGGGGCGAUCUCCUCUACGUCAGCGACCCCUGCGAGCACUCCACCCCCGCCGGCGGCGACGAUCUCGGCGUUUACCGUGGUGUUUUCCCGGGAUUCAUCAGAUCUCGCACCCGCGCUUGCCUGAUCAACCGCCAGGCCGAGCUUGAUUCUAGGGUUCGUUGCCCUUAUUGCGGCGCUCGCGUUUGGAGCAUGACGGCUGCACGGCUCAUCCCCCGCAGCGCCGCUCGCAGGCUCGGAUCUCACGACGGCGAUCUUGAGUACUUCGUCUGUGUUUACGGCCAUCUUCAUGGCCUCUGUUGGCUUGCUCAUUUGUCCAGUGAUGAUGAGGGCAAGCAUAGAGGAGAAGCACCUGAUGAUGAUGAUGAUGAUGAUGGAGAUGCUCAUGGUGAUGAUGAUGAUGAUGAUGAUGAUGAUGAUGAUGAUGAUGAUGAUGAUGAUCAUAUAGCCUUUUGAAUCUGGUACUUCUCUACUCUGAUUUCUUUGAAUUCUUAUUUUGUCUCUCUUUGUUAUUCCUUGUUUGCUUCUUCUCCUUCUUCUUCUCUUUGUUUUAUUUAUCUCUUCUGUCAAUCUCAGCCUUUUUUUUGGUCACUUCUCAUGAAUCAUGUGUGUUUGUUUUGGUAGAGGACUAAACGAGAGUUCAGAUUUUGUUUU